UUCAAUCUAUUCAUAUUGUACUGUGACUUUGUCAAACACGUAACGUUAGUCGCACUACAGCCAGUGUUAAAAAGAGUCAUAACUUGUGCUCAGUCUUCAAGCAAUCCUUCUUCCAGUAAUAUCAACAUGCAGAAACCAACAGAAGUAAAAGGAUCCUUUACGGUGAACUCUGGAUUAGCUCAAAUGUUAAAGGGUGGAGUCAUUAUGGAUGUUACAAAUGUCGAACAAGCAAGAAUUGCAGAAAAAGCUGGAGCAUGUGCUGUCAUGGCAUUAGAAAGAGUUCCUGCUGAUAUCAGAAAGGAUGGCGGAGUUGCGCGCAUGAGUGAUCCAAAGAUGAUCAAGGAAAUCAAAGAAGCGAUCACCAUCCCGAUAAUGGCUAAAGCUCGAAUUGGUCAUUUUGUGGAAGCACAAAUCCUACAAACGCUUGAAGUCGACUAUAUAGAUGAAUCGGAAGUACUAUCGCCAGCAGAUGAUGAACAUCACAUCAAUAAACGCAAAUUCAAAGUACCAUUUGUUUGUGGUGCAAGAGAUCUCGGAGAGGCUUUACGUCGAAUCGAAGAGGGUGCAACAAUGAUUCGUACGAAGGGGGAAGCUGGCACAGGCGAUGUCAUGCAUGCUGUUAAACACGCGAGAGCCUUGAACCGAGAAAUUCAGUUAAUUUCGAAAAUGGACGAAGACGAACUGUUUGUAAAGGCCAAGACACUGCAGGUGUCCUAUGAACUUCUAAAGAAAACAGCCACAUUGGGAAGACUUCCGGUGGUGAUGUUCAGUGCUGGCGGUUUGGCUACUCCAGCCGAUGUGGCCAUGUUAAUGCAAUUGGGAGUGGACGGGGUUUUCGUCGGCAGUGGUAUAUUCAAAUCAGGUAAUCCAGAGAAGAGAGCCAAAGCAAUUGUUGAGGCUGCCACACAUUACAACGAUCCGAAACGUUUGGCCGAAGUGAGUGAAGAUUUGGGUGAGGCAAUGGUUGGAAUUAAUUGUGACAAAAAUUUUAAAAUGUAGAAAAUCUUUGAAUUCUGAUAAGAACUUGAAAUAUAUUAGUGUUGAACUUUAUAGACUAUA